AUGUCAACUACAUCAAAGGACAAAGAAAAUUGGGAUAAAGCUAAUUCUAAAGAAAUAACAAAUCGUAAAAAUGGCGAUAUCGAAGAUAAUGUCAGAGAUGAGAUGAUAUUAAGUAAAGCUCUCAAUGAAUGGGAAGAAAGAGGAUAUAUUAUCAGGAAAGCAAUUCCCGUUUCAGUGGCAUAUCUAUUACAAACUUCAAUACAGUUGAUUAGUGUAUUAUCGCUAGGUCACUUGGGUUCAGUAGAGCUGGCCGCCUCGACACUGGCUACAAUGUUGAUGGGGUCAUAUUUACAAGGUGCUAAAGCAGCGGGCUUUAAGAGUUUUCAAGUUACAUUUUCGGCGGUAAUAUAUGGUUCUGCGACAGCGCUUGAUACCCUUUGUUCGCAAGCCUAUACAUCUGGCAACUUAAAAAUGGUUGGAGUAUAUUUACAACGUGCCAUUAUUAUAAAUUUGUUAGGAUUUAUUCCGAUCGCUUUUAUUUGGUGGGAAGCAGAACUAAUUUUGACUUUAAUUGGUCAAUCUCCCGAAAUUUCUGCAAAAACUGCUUUAUUUCUCAAAUAUUUAUUGAUUGGAGCCCCUGCAUUUUUGUUGUUUGAAAAUUUGAAGAGAUAUUUACAAGCCCAAGGGAUAAUGAAAGCUAGUACAUAUGUAUUAAUAAUCUGUUGCAUAAUUGACAUAUGCAUAAAUUUCACAUUGGUUUGGUAUAAACCACUAUCUCUUGGUUUCAUUGGAGCACCUAUUUCCACAUCUAUAACCUAUUGGUUAAUGUUUUUCCUUCUUGCUAUUUAUACUAAAUUCAUUAAUGGAUAUCAAGCUUGGGGUGGAUGGUCACGUGCUGCAUUUCAUGGUUGGAAACAUAUUCUUUCAUAUAUGAUUCCUGGUAUCUUAAUGGUUUGUUCAGAGUGGUGGGCAUUUGAACUUAUAUCUCUUCUUUCUGGAUAUCUUGGUCAACUUUCACUUGCAUCUCAAGGUAUAAUAAUUACUUCAAUUAAUUUUUUAUAUCAAUUAUCAUUUGGAGUUUCUACAGCUGCAUCAAAUCGUAUUGGAAAUUUAUUGGGCGCUGGUUUGGUAGAAAGGGCUAAAAUGGCUUCAAAACUUUCUAUGCAAUUCGCUAUUAUUGUUGCUUUAUUUAAUGCAACCAUAUUGAUAGUUUUCAAGGAUUAUUGGGGGUUAAUCAAAUGUACAUCCUACGUCCUACCAUUGGCUGGCAUCUUUGAGAUAUCCGAUGGCCUAAACUCAAUCGGAUAUGGUAUUCUUCGUGGACAAGGCCGUCAAAAUAUUGGCGCAUUCCUUAACACACCUGGAUAUUUCAUUCUAGGAUUACCAAUUGGUAUAUUUACAGCUUUUAAAUUAGGAUAUGGAUUAAAUGAGGAAUGUAAAAAACGAAUGAAAGAAGGCAAAGAAAAAUUCGAUUCUAUGAUUAGUGAUGACCCUUAUUGUGACGAUGAUAUUUAA